AUAAAUACAAAUCACAACCCAAACCACCUUGCUCACAAGUCACGACUCACAACAACGUACUCAUUAGACAUACAAUCACAAACAGUUUUUCACGUCCAAGAAAAUGGAAGCAACUUCUCUACGUUCCCUUGUACUCUCACCAUCUCCCUAUGUUGGCAACUCACUUUUAUUGCACAAGAGGAUGGGGUUCAUCAACUUCAAGUCCAGCCAAUUGAUCAAUAGGCCUCAUCCCAAAGCCAAUAUCGUUCAUGCAUCAAAUAAAAGAGAUGCAUACGGUCGUGAUUAUGAUGGCAAGGUGGUCGAUGAAAACAUGAUCAUUCUCAGAAUGAGAAUUCAUGAGAUGAAGAUGGAGGAGACUCAUCAGGAGCCACCUUCUCAUUGGAUGGAAUGGGAGAAAAAAUAUUAUGCUAAUUAUUAUUCGGAUGUUUGUGAAGCAAUGGGGUUUUUGCAGUCCCAACUGAUGAAUGCUAGGCCUAGCUUGGCUUUGGGAGUGGUGGCUCUUGUUAUGCUGAGCGUACCAAGUUCAAUGGUGUUCAUUAUGUUUCAUUUGGUGGAGAUAGCUAAGGUUGUAUUAGCUGGGAGUCCUUAGAUGAUUUUGGCAGAUUUUCUGACAUGUUUAUACAUAGAUAUUUCGGUUCUUUAACUACAGUUUUACCGAGUUUUGUAAUGAUAAAGUGAUUAUUUUCAGAAGUUAAAAAUUUAAUGUUCAAUUAAAGCC